AUGGCUUCCAGCCAGAGCUCCUCUUCUGGUUCUAGCACUCUCACUCGUUGUCGCGUAUGUUCCAAACAUUUUCGUUUGCGUCCCGAUGGCGCAUUGGUUAAGCAUGGAGGAAAGGUUAAAGGUUCAGAAUGUUCCGGUUCCCUGGCGAAGCCCAAGACCGGGUCAAAACGCGCGUCAUUGGGAAACGUUUCCGGUUGCGCCCCUGCCGCCAAUACCGUCGGCAACGUCUCGAUCAGCAGUGCUGCACCGCAACAGGUUUCUAAAAUCGACAUGGCAGAGAGGUUUUUUAGAAAAUCUGCUAGUUUUUGUUUAAUGGAUCACAUUCCCAAACAUUCAAGAACAAAAUUUGGUCAGACGCUGGCUAAAGUGGUAAAGGAAAUUAUUGAUAAACCCUCUAUUUCAAUCAGUUGGUUCAAAUUGCUCUUUUUACCAGCAAUGAUCUUGAGGAAAAGUCACCGCGGCGGCAGACGUCAUAAUCCAACUGGACUAAUCAAUCAGAGGAUUGACAAUUUUGGCGGACAAUCCGUCGAGAAGAACGUCAUAAUCCAACUGGACUAA